AUGGCGGAAGACAGGAACAAGUGGCUGACGGCCACAAACAGCCUCAUAGUCGAGCUUCCAGUCAAAUUUGAGCCGUUUUCGGCGGCUCAAACUGCCGUAUUGGAUGAGCUGGGAUCGAGGGCGGUGGGAAAGGUCUUACGACUCAGAGAGUGCGGCAUCAGCCCGCUGCGCAGCGGUUCCGUGUGGGAGGGGUUCUGGCCGUCGCCGUCCAUGUUGCUGAUAUGGAUCUUUCUGCCAGCCAGGGGUUCCUUGGAGUGGUCCAGGUGGUUUGCUGGCGCCGACAUGAACGCUGUCAACAAUAUCGGAGACACGGGCCUUUACCAGGCACUCUCAGAUGCACCAGCCUCGGUCAAUUCGGCUGCGAGCUCGGCGGAGCUGGUGCGACUAAUGCUCGAGUCCGUCGUGGACUUCAAGGCGGUCGAUGACGAUGGAGCAACUCCAUUACACCCCGAAGCUUCAUAUGGAAACAACGACGUCGAGAUUGCGCUGCACCUGAUGGCGGGAAUCCCGUCUGUGCCAUAUUUGGGCCUGGGACAAGAGUCCGUCAAGAAGUCAAGAUUGCUUGUAGACGCCGGUGCUUAUGUGAAUGCGCGGACAUCAUCAGGUCAAACGGCCCUGGGUCAGGCGAGAGAAUGUAACCGCGGUGCGGUUGGCGAGGUGCUUCUCCAAUAA